GGACAACCUCAGUCCAUGCUGACGGUGCCUUGGACUUUUGGGCGGAGUUUCUUGGUCUGACAAGAACCUCAUUGGUUUUUCUGAGACUGUGAAGGCCGUUGGAACGUUGCAAUGCAUUUUCAGCCGCAACAUCAAGACGUUUAACUGGCUUGGCCUCCGAAGGCACGGCGGUGAACCAAAGGGAGGGGGAAUUGUCGGAGGAAUGACUUGCCUUGAUAAAGAUUGGAUUCAAUCAAACUCGGCUGUGCAGUUCUUCUACCCAUGUGUUUCCUUGAGUCCUCAUCUUAAUCUUGUCGGGUGCUGAGACAAAGGCGUACACUUCAUUGAAGUUCAUUGUUACACAUCACCCAAACAAUUGGCAAACACCAGUGACCAUGGUGUUGCUCACAACGGUCCUCCUUGGCAUCGUUCGCCUCUGCCACGCCGACCUACACUGGAGCGGGGACACCAUCUCAGUUCCCGGUCGGAUUAAAAACCCCGAGGCCUUCGCGGCAGCUCACCGCGUGGCGUCAGGCUCGUCAUCGUCUGACUCGUCUCCCGUACAAGCAGCCGUCGGAAGUCCGCUUGGUGGCAUCGCUACCGACGAGAUCCUAGGCCGCCGCGACCUCGCUUUGUUCGAUAGGCAAACCUGUCCCCCGACCCAUCCGUUCCCCUGUGCUGGCAAAUGUUGCCCAGUUGGGUCCCCGGUUUGCUGUAUCUCUGUCAACGGAGGCUGCUGCGCCUCGAACAAGCCCGUCUGUCAGCCCAACGGUUGCUGCGCUACGGGCUCAACCCAGUGCCCCAACGACAGCCGUACCUGCAGGAAACCCGGCGAGACAUGCUGCGGUAACGGAGGGACUUGCCCCUCGAACAAACCCGUCUGCUCUCCCGGCAAUUUGUGCUGCCCCUCGGGCACGACCUUGUGUCCCAACGACCCGACCAUGUGCAAGGAGCUGGACGAGCAGUGCUGCGGCGCUGGGUUCAAGUGUCCCGUCUGGGCGUCGUGCUGUGGUACGGGGGGCGCUUGCUGCGAUUCGACGAAUCCCAAAAUUAGCCAGUGCUGCCCAGGAUCAUCUCCGGACAAGGAUACAUGCUGUGGCGAGCAUGAAGUCUGCUGCGACGGGUGGUGCUGCCCCGAGUCUUCGACGUGUAGUACCACUCCUGGAUACUGCAAUGUGCCAGUUCUUGAGUUCGGAUACACACCUAACAGCAUUAUCUCCGAUCUGGUUGAGAACGUUUGCCUCGGAUUACGACGCCAGAUAGCACUGCAGAUUCCGGAGACGACGCCGAAUCAGCAAAUCCUAACGUAUUACGGCCCGGGCUCUCCCAACCGGGAACUAUCAGACUGUAGGAGCGGGCGUAAAUGCUGCACAGGCCGGACAGUCCCGGCAGGGGAACCCGGGGCGGGCGACAAGGCCACUUGCGACGAGUACCCGUUCAACUCGGCCACCCAAGGCGGACGGAAUGCGCACGUCGCGUGUGUGAGUGAACACGCCAAUAGCGCUGGGGGUGAUCUUAUCGGACGCAUGGUUUCCGGAAAGCACGCUGGCUUCAAGUAUGCUUUGAGGGUAACGGGCAUCGACUGCACGACUGUUCAGGACUCUGACGUCCACGGCUGCAACCCAUGAGCGAAGCGUUGUC